AUGCAAACUAAUAUUGUUAAAGUAUUACGAAUAGGAAAAUUGAGAUAUGGUCCUAGUGUAAAACUUCAAAAAAUACUUUCCGAUUUACAUUUUAAGCAAUUAAAUAAUGAAACGUGUAAUACAUUAUUACUUGUUGAACAUGAUCCAGUAUACACUAUAGGAAUUCGGAAUAAAAACUAUACAGAAGAAGAUGAAAAGAAGUUAAGAAAUCUUGGUGCAGAAUUUUUUAAAACAGAUAGAGGUGGUCUUAUAACGUUUCAUGGACCAGGACAAUUAGUAGCAUAUCCUAUUUUAAAUUUAAAACAAUUUAAACCUAGCAUUAAGUGGUAUGUUUGUCAGAUAGAACAAAUGAUUAUACGCCUGUGUGCUGAAUUUGAUAUAUUAGGAACAACUUCUCCAGAUACAGGAGUUUGGGUUAAUGACAAGAAAAUUUGUGCGAUUGGUAUUCAUGGUAGUCGCUACAUUACUACACAUGGUUUAGCUUUGAAUUGUAAUACUGAUUUAACAUGGUUUGAUCAUAUUGUACCGUGUGGCAUCGAAGGUAAAGGAGUUACUAGCAUUAGUAAAGAACUUAAUAUAAAUAUAACAAUCGAAGAUGUAUUACCUACAUUUCAAAAUGUAUUUCAAGAAAUGUUUCAAUGUUCUUUAGUUCAAUAUCCAACUAAUGAAGCGUCAGAGUUACUUCGAAAUAUACAAAAUUCUAUAUAAUUUAUAAAAAAAUACAUCAAAAAUUGUUCUCAUAUAAUGCCUAAUUGAUCAAGUAUAAAUAACAAAUUGUAUUUAAAUUUCUUUUUAUCUUAAAAACACAAUAUAUUUACAAUAUUUAAUAAAUUACAUUUUUUAUGAAAUUUACAAGAAAUUUGCAUUUAAAAGUAAAUAUCUUAUCAAUCAUGAUAUAUCAUAAACAAAUUUAAUCACUUAUUAAAUGUGCCUUACUAUAUUAGUCAUGAUGAUCUAACAGAAAUGAAUAUUGAAAUAACAAAUAUUUCAAGAUCAUACACAUAAUGUAUGUUAAUCAUAAAUGUUGAUAUAUUAACAAAUCUUAUACAAUAGAUGCAGCCCUGCACAAUAACAACAAUAUUGUUUAAUUUGUUGUAAAUUUUUAAAUAUAACAUAUUUUAAAUUAAUAUUUUUAAUUAAUUACUAAUAGUAACACAAGAUAUGUUCAAUUGGUAAAAUGACUAGAUUAUUCAAGCCUCAUUAUGUCAUGUAUGUAUGUGCAAAAUAUCAAUACAAGAAAAAACAUUUAGAAUUUUAAGCAAGAAUUAGUAAAUUGUGCAAGAACAAAUAUAUUGUAUUAUUCUGUUAAAACAUGAAGAUACCUUUGAUGAUACAACUCUCCUGUCAAUGCACCUAUUACAACUACAGCAUUAUGUAGUGAAUUAGCAGAAUCUCUAAUUAAUCUGAUCGAUCGUUCUACGUCAUUUUUAAGUUCUAUAUAUUGCUUGUUAACUAAAAGACCUUCUAGACUUUGCAUAGCUUUUAUGGCCUCUACACUAGGUCGAAUUUCUGCAGUAUCUGGAUCAGGUGAUCUUGAUGGUGCCACGCCAGGGGAAUGAGAAGUAAAUCUUACUAUUUGAUGUUCACAUUUCGAUUCUGGAAGUUGUGCUAAACAAUAUACGCCAAUUGCACGACUUAAAAACUUACACCUGUACAACAAAAAUUGUAAAUUAAUAUAUUAAUGAAUGAAUUAAAUAUUUUUUUUAUAAAAAACAUCUGUAAAUAUUAAUCUCCAUUCAACAAAAUAUAAAUUAUUAAUAAAAUUUAUG